AUGGGAAUUGAUCCCAAUAAUGGUUGGUGGCCGAUUGCUUGGGCUGUGACUGAGGCGAAGAGCUACGUCCAGUGGAAGUGGUUUCUGGAAUACUUGUCUGAAGACCUGGACUUGCAUGCAAAUGGCCCAAGAUAUGUGUUUAUGUCUGACCAACAAAAAGGUCUUGCAAAAGUGAUUCUUGAGGAUUUCCCACAGAGCGAGCAUCGCUUCUGUGUGCAACACAUUUACAACAAUUUCAAGAAGAGAUUCGUCGGGGAGAAUUUCAAAGACCGGUUGUGGGAGAUCGCAGCUAGUACAACCCUCGAACAUUACGCGGAGAAGAUGGAUGCUUUGCGGGUUGAGUAUCCCCAAGCACAUCAGUGGCUUACUGGGGUUGCUCCCAAAGAAAAAUGGGUGAAGACAUAUUUCUCUCCGCAUACUUGUAGUGAUGUGCUCCUCAACAAUAUUUGCGAGACAUUUAAUUCGAAGGUUGCAUUGGCUCGAGAAAAAGCUAUUAUCAGUAUGUCGGAGGACAUUCGAACGAGUCAGAUGGAAAUGAUUCAGAUUAGAGGCCAGUGGAUCAAGAACUACGAUCAUGUAGUCCCUCAUGUUAUCAAGGAGAUUGUGGAUAAGUUGUACACGAGGGCUUCUUCGUGGAGAGCUACAUGGAACGGAGAGGCUUUGUACCAUGUAUUAGGGCCGUCUGGCCAAUAUGUUGUGAACAUGCACGAUUUUACAUGCUCCUGCAGACUGUGGCAGCUAACAGGGAUCCUGUGCACUCAUGUUAUCGCUACAAUUAACAAGAAUGGCGAGGAUGUCACGCGAUACGUCUCCCACUAUUAUUUGAAGACCACAAUGAUGAUCAUGUACGAGAAUGUGCUUUACCCAAUCAAUGAGGUGGACAAUUGGCCAAAGAGUUCUGAUGUCGGAUUCGAACUGGUGUCCCCGAGGACUAAGCGACAGCGUGGACGAUCGAAGAAACUGAGGUGUGAGGAGCCCCAGAUUCGUCUCCAUGCCAACAGAGUUUGGAAAGCCAUCACUUCGUAUGACGUUGUAACCACGCUUGGUUCUGGGUUUAGGGCCUGA